AUGGCCCAAGACAAGUUUCAGCUUCAUGUCAACCCUUGGCGCGAGGUACUACUGAUGCGCGCUACCGGUUACCCUCUGUUGAUCAUAAGCAUGUUACGAUUCACCUUUGCUAUUACCGCUAUUGGCAGAAGGCGUGCUAAGUACAAUUAUGCAUUCCAACACAGAGACUCAAAUGGCCCAGGGAUCUUCGCAUAUCCUCAGCCUGUAUCCGACGAGCACUAUGUUGACUAUGGCCUCGCUCAGUUUGAUGGUCAAGCACACGCUGUUGAGUCUCUGCUAUAUGUCUACAUGGCUCUGAGCCUAGUCGACUGGUUUCCAUCCUGGAUCUUGGCAAGAUACAGACACAAUCCCGUCUGGGCUAACGGGUGGACGUCAAGAUUCGUUAUACUAGCUCAUGCACUCGUGCCUGCUGUGCACUUAGCAAUCGCCAUUGCUUGCCAAGUCAUAUUCGCGGCGCUAGUACACGACUGGCUCAGUUCACCACGAAUCCGAGGCUUGCUUGAUAGGUGGGAGGAGCUGGGCAGACAACCAUUGGAACCGAGCACGCCCCUCCCUCCAGACCUUCCACCGCCUCCCCCUCCCCCUCCUCCUCCAAGAGGUGACUACAUUAGUAAAAAUCCAAAGAAACAAGAGAUAGACCCAGUUGUCACAUGUGUGUUGGCGUUCGUCGUCCUCUCAGCCAUAGAUGCCUUCAUCCGCUGGGCCAAGCUCCUCGUCCUACGAGUUUUCCCAACAUCCUGGAGGUAUCCGGACUCUAUCACUGUUUGCCAUCGACAGGUUUCUUCUGAGAGUCUACAGUGCCUUGAGGAAGAUCGAAAAGAAUGGAAUGGGCCGGUAGCCGCAAUGUUCGAAAAGCAGCAGAACCGUAGAUUGAGCUUUGGGCGCCCUACUACCCAGGCGGCUGUUCAGUCUCCAGGAAAUGCAACUACUACUCCAAGUACUGCCCUGAGUCACGGCCAACUGAAUUCUCCGGGGAAUAUACAUCUUGCUCCCAUUCUCCUUCGUGAUGGCCUCCGGAUCCCGAGGGAAUACCAAAAACUCUUUCUCCAUUACUUCGUUGGCUAUAUGCAGUGGGAAAUAGUACUUGGCUUUUCCACAAUUGGACUUGUUCUCAAUACGAUCUACCUGGUACUUCUACAGAGGUCCAAUCGCGUGUGUAACAGCGGCUGCACUGUGGGAAUAGUAUACCCUUCUUGGUGGCUAUUAACUUUGCUAUGUAUUGCCGCUAUAGUACGCUUUAGAAUACCAUUUCAACGUGUUAUCUGGAGGGGCACGCAUUCCAUCUGUGUUGUCCAUGUUAUUGCUUUGUGCUUUUGGAUUGGGACCAUAUUAUUACUUGUAGGUCUAGUGCUGAUGGUUACUGCGGAUGAUUUCCUCAACAGAUCGGAAAAUGAUGGUGCCAUAGUCGGCCUCAACAUAGGCCGUGUUAUGCUUGUUGGCAUCUGGAUAACAUUGGUGUACAUAUAUCCGCCUUGGAGAAGGUACUUUAGAAAAUAA